AAACGACCGAAUAGACUUUCUGUCUACUUCUUCUCUCACUUUCUUUCCUUCCCAUUUCCAUCAAACAAAGCAAAGGAUAAGAUUCAAAAAUUCCUAGAAAACCCAUCAUCACCGACAGCACCCAAGAGAGAAAAAUGGCAGAACAAGGUCCACAUCCACCACCAAACGAUCUAUGUUCAAUCUGCCAUGGAAACUUCCAAAUCCCAUGUCAAGCAAAUUGCUCCCACUGGUUUUGCGCUAACUGUAUACUCCUUGUUUGGCGUCACACUUCCGGCAUUCAACCGUGCAAAUGUCCGCUCUGUCGUCGACCGAUUACCCUCCUGGUUCCGACGAAUGACAUAAACAACGAUUCGCCGCAAAUUCUGUCGGAGAUUCAGAUUUAUAACCGGACUUUUGGUCAGCAAUCGAAUGCUCCUAUUGCUCAGAGAAUCCUUGAUCUUCCGUUUCUUUUGAAGAGGCUUUUUAGGGAUUUUGUUAACCCUAAUAAUUCGCUUCCUCUUGUUAUCAGAGCUAGGGUUUUCCUUUCGAUGAUACUGAGUGUCAUAUACAUCUUCAGCCCGAUUGACAUCAUUCCAGAAGGAAUAUUGGGAGUGGUUGGUCUCUUGGACGAUGUUCUAAUUGCGCUAAUCUUCUUCCUACAUGUUGCUACCCUGUAUAGAUCAGUUCUUUACAACCGUCAUGGAGGUUCAUGAGUAAAGUAGUGAAAUGAGAUAUUGUUGCAUUUACAUCCCUCGUGUGAAAAUUGACUAUAGUAUACCCUGUUUUGUACAUAAGAUAGACAAGCUUCGGAACGGUUUCAAAUAUUGGAUUUAGCAAGAGGUAAAUCCAAAAGCUCUUUAAAUUUCAAAUAUCUUGUAGAGCCAAAAGAAAUAUCAAAGUUUAUCUUUCUCAAUUA